AAUUAAAUCCGCAUCAGAGAGUUUACAUCAUAGUAGAAAUACUAGUGCAAUUAAUCCACUCGAUCCAAAUUUACAUGUAAACACGCAACAGUCUCAUUCAACUACAUCAAGAAAUCCUUUAUCCACUCUUAAUUCUAAUGAAGUAUAUGCCAAUGAUGAACUUGAUGCUGAAGUCACAAACAAAAAUAAUAGUAAACGAAAUAUAUGUGCAAAGUAUGUGGAGAAUGUGGUCUGGUCAUAA